GGGCAAAAAAUAUGACCCAUUUCAGCUAAAAAUCCCUAAAUUGAUUGCAUUUAGAAUGUUAUAGGGGGAAAGACCUGGCACGCAAUAUUUCGCGUUCGGCUAAAUCACGGCCAGGUAAGUCAGUUCCCAACUUCAACUCCAAGAAAGAAGUUGGCUUCGACGUUAAGAACUCACAACGACUAUGUCGCGUUUUUGUUUUUUCAUUUGUAUCGUUCAAUUUUGUGCGUCGCAAUUGCAAAUCGAGAUACCCAAUCAGGGAACGAUUAUGGGGAGAGAAGUUUCAAAGAGGCGGAUACAAAAAAUUAACGGUUAUUUCGGGAUUCCAUAUGCUCAGCCUCCGUUGGAGUCUUUGAGAUUCGCACCUCCACGAACUGAUCCUUUGCCAGCCUGGGACGGUGUGAGAAAUGCAACUGAAUAUUAUCCUGCCUGUUUGCAAACGGAAAUCGACCUCAAACAAUCGGAGAUUCCCUUUUUUCGUUUACUCUCGGAUGCGAAGGAAGAAGUCAAUGAAGAUUGCCUCUAUCUCAACGUCUUCACUCCACAAGGUACGCCUCCGAAGAAUGGCUUUGCUACCAUUGUAUGGUUUCACCCGGGUAAUUUUACCACUGGUUCCCCUGCUAUGUGGAACCCGCACGCCAUAGUCUACAGGCAACGCGUCAUUGUGGUUACCGUAGCUUACCGUCUAAAUAUAAUGGGCUUUUUCACUACCAUGGACGGCGAAGCUACGGGAAACUAUGGGCUCUUAGACCAGCAAGCUUCCAUGAUGUGGGUUAAGAAUAACAUAGCGAAAUUCGGCGGGAACCCCGAUAACAUAUGCCUGAUGGGGUACGGCACGGGUGCAACCAGUAUAGGUAUGCAUAUGAUUAACGCGGAAUCCCGUCAGUUGUUUCACAAGGCGAUAGCUAUGAGUGGGGAUUUUUUGGGCAAAAACGUGGUGAAAUAUCCCGAGGAAGAUAAAAGUCUGGUCGAUAGAAUCGCACCGAUUUUUGCUUGCGAUCGUAAGCCGACAUCGAAACUAAUCGAUUGCCUUAGAGGCGCAGAAGCCUUGCUAUUGGUGGAGCAAACGAGUAAUGUAGACUGGCGACCUUUAAUUGACGCUGGACUGAGCAACGCAACCAACCCUUUUCUUUCCGAGCAUCCCAUGGAGUUCUUUGAUCGAGGCGACUUUCACAAAAUACCUUUCCUCACCGGCUACACUAACAUGGAACAAAUCCUGGAAAUUAAUUUGGAUAGCAAAGACAUAGCGGACAAUAUAACCAAAGAAAGUCUUCAACAAAUCUUCACUGAGUUGAUUAGCAAUGAAAUACCGCAGAUGAACGAUACCGACAACCCUUGCAUGUACAACUAUGACCACCUAGUUGAUGCCAUAAUGUUCGUAUACGGGCCUUCAGUACCAAUUAGAACCGUACAAGAAUUUAAAGGUAUUAUAGCGGAAUUUGUCACCGAUAAAAGCUACGGUUCUGCGGCCUUUUUGCAAGCUUCAUACAUGAGCAAACACCAACCAACUUACAUGUAUAGAUUCGAUAUGAAGCCUAGCACCGAGGCUGCAAGGAAAGCCCUACCGGAUUGGGUGUCAGUCCCCCAUUUAUACGACCUGUUGUAUGUCUGGGGGGUCCCCUAUUGGAACACCGAUCAUGACUGGGAUCUCCGGGAUAAACGCAUAUCUGAUACAAUUAUGUCCUUCUGGACUAAUUUCGCCAGAUCAUCGGACCCAACUGAAAACAGCAUAUACCCCAUAAAAUGGGAAGCAUUAACCAAAGAAAAUCCCGGGAUUUUAAUUAUUGACAGCACUUUUAAUAUGAGCAACGGUGAAAAUUUGAAUUACAAAGGUUUCGAGUUUUGGAACGAUUACUAUCCCAAGGUUUUCAAACUGGCCACGCAGUGUUGUAGCGUGUCAGAUUCCGGAUCUCAAAUAAAUUUCGACAACAUUCUACUGGCCGUCAUAUUUUCAUUGCAAAUUCUAUUUAAAUAUUAACUUUAAUUAUCCUAGUGCCUUUAGAUUAUAAUGCCUUUUAUAAAUAAUGUUAAAUCGCUUAUAAAAAACAAU